AUGUGUUGGUCCGUAGAUGAUGGGGAAAAGAGAAGCGUCUGCUCGCUCAUUCACGCACUCACUCGCUCUCUCUCUCUCUCUCUCUCUCUCUCUACCCCUCUUUUUCCAUGUCAAUGGUGAAUAUCACCCCAACUAUCCUUCACUGGGAGUCCAUCCGACAAGUUGAACCCGCGUUUGCCAGAUUAAUAUCGAGAACAACGCAACCAGGGUUGUGACAAAAGAAUGGGGCUCUCAGUAUAGUGCUUACCGGUAGAUUAGAUUGUCACCAUGUUUUCUCGGUGUGAUGUGUAAAUUUUCCAACGAAUCAUGCUGCCGUGUCGUGAUUAUAUUUUGGUGUACCGUUUCAAGCUUUGGUGUUGGGUCUUAAUAGCUUUGACAAUUUCCAAUGUGGAGCCCCUGCACAUUUUCAAGAUCAGCGAUGCACCGACGCACCUUGUGCAAGCCAGCCGUUUUAUCGAGCCUGGAACUCCAUACCGUGUUCUGGUGACACUCUUUCAAACCAGCCGUAGAUCGCCUCAUUUCAACGAGUAUGUCCAUGGAUCCCUUCCAGCCACAAUCCACGUUCGGCUUUUGUUCAAAGGAUCGUUACUAUCCGAGGAGUAUCGAGAGGCGUUCUCGGAUUCGUCAACAGAAAUCGCUUUAAAGGUGUCUGGUCAUGUGGCCUCUCUCCAAAAUGGAGAUUAUUCGGUUGAGAUUGAAGGCAACCAUUACGGGGGAACUCAAGGAUCGCUAUUUCUUUACGAGCGUAAACUAUUUCUGGAACAACACAAGGCGUGGCUUUGGGCUGAGACCAACCGAGCCGUUUAUUACUUUGGCCAAUCAGUGCAUUUUCGGGUAUUUUCCCUCGACGAUAGAGGGAGACCUUGGGAUGUGCCCGUUACCAUUUACUUAUGGAGUCCUCAUGGCGACGAAAUGCGAAGGUGGGAAGGAAAGUAUCCCAAGAUGGGGCAAAUCAGUCUUAUUUACGAUUUGGCUCGGUCCACCGUCUCUGGAACCUGGACGCUUGAGGCCAUAGUUAGUGAUCAAGGCCGGGGUGCCCCCACCACUAAGGUUCCCUUCCAAGUGUCCAAUGAAGAUCCGACCAAUGCAGGCAUAUUCAUGAACAUUCACGUCAAGUCUUCCGUCGUCCAUGCCGAAGGCCGAGUUCGAGGCUCGAUCGAAUCAGGUCAUGUGGACCAUCCACAAUAUCCCGUUCUCGGGCUACUUCGACUCAAAUUGAAUGUGACGAGAAUGCGAAGAGCAUUUCACGGAACGGGAAACUCGUGGAACCCGGUGGAGUCUCGUAGUCUUUUGAUCGAAGGGCAAAAGAGUAAAGACGGACAGAUAUUGAAUCUAAAGCCUGUCUCGUGGAAAGCCCAAGAAAUUCAAGACUUUCAGAUUUCUUCCCCCAUCUGGUUUUCCCUUCCGUUGACGAGUGUUUUGCGUGAGAGUGGUUUUGCAUCUUUCCCCUCGAGUGUUUCUCCCUCUUCCCUUUCCUCUUCCCUUUCCUCUUCCUCCUCCCCAUCUUCUUUGUCUUCUUCAUCUUCAUCGAUUGGAUCCACGGAGGAGGAUAUAUUCCAUGUCAGGUUGAUUGGCAGCCUCAUAGACUCUUGGAGUCAAGAGAAUGUUCACCACGAGACAUCCUUCAUUCUUUAUCCGAAAAGUUUCCUCCUGGGAAUACACUUGAGCUCUUGCCAAAUCUACGAUAACUUUCCAAUUACUCUCAAGCUUUGGAUAGAACGUGCCAACCGAGAACCCCUCACCAUUGGGGAUUUAGAUACUGGGAAUCUAGAAGUGACCCCUACUCUCACCUUGGUCAAUGGUCAUAUUGUUGAUCUGAAUCCAUUGAUCCCCGUGUACGAUCAAUUGGUGAACGACCGACAUUGGUGGAAAACUACGUUCUCCAUCGAAGAACUUUUGCAAGCGUCCAAAACGGAACUAAACCUUACGAAGAUCCACGCAGUUACCAUCAAAGCCUUAUACGUGACACCUGAGAGCAAAUCCAAGGCCGAAACCAUCACCUUACCCGUGGUUAUUCCAUCGAAGAGCAAGGAGCAAAUCAGUCUGUCUUCCUCAUCCAGAAAAAUCCGGGUUGGAGAUAAUAUCAUCUUUCACGUUCGUAGUCGAUACACUUGGCACGAAAUAUUUUUUCUGAUCCAUUGCAAUGGUAAGAUACUGGUGUCUCGUCGGAUCGUUGGAAAAAGUUCGAAUCUGAUCACGUUUGAUGAAAGAGCCAUUCAAGGCAUGGCCCCAACCUCUACAGCGGUAGUGUGGAGUCGAAAUAAAAAAGGCCAGAUCAUCUCAUCCAUUCUCAAAUUGUCAAUUAAACCACAAGGUGGAACAGAGGCACGGCUACUUGCUACUUCUAACCAAAACAACGACUCAUUCACUUUAAUGGCCAAUUCCAAGCAGCCAAGCAUUAUCAUUACCAAACCGUCCCAAAAUGGAAUGGGAACCGAUUUAGCAUCCCAGGUUGCCUCACGUCUCUCUAAAGGUGACAUGCAUGUAGGCCACCUCAACAGAAAUGACGACAUAUUCUGGCUCUCGGACACACCCAUUCCCGAGAAACCAUUAUCCUCAGCCAUGAGUCCAGUUUGUCCUUGCCGAUCUCAAUGUCCCAAUCACGAGUCGUCCAAUCCAAGUUCUUGGUGGAUUCAUAGGAACGACUCGCCCAAAUUUGAGAAUUUCACCGAAAGUCUGUGGCAGACGUUUGAGACGACCCACAAUGGCUCGAAAUCGAAAACGAUUCAGUUCAACGGACUUCGUCGACACGUUUCUCUUUCGGUCUCUUCUCUAAGCAACAAAGGUUUGACCAAGUUGAAUGCAAAGGAGUUCAGCUUGGGAUCUACGUUUCUAGUCUCGGGGAAAUUCCCCAAGCGAUGCAAAAUGGGUGAGAACGUCACCCUUGACAUUCAAAUCCAAAACGUUGGAACAAUAGCUCAAGAAUUGCACUUAACUCUGAUCGCGACGACGCGAUUCGAAUUCCCUGCGCAGAAUCAAGCAUCGAGAUUGAAGAAUUUCCUGGUCGCAGUGCAACCCAACGGUCGAGCUUAUUUGUCGGUUCCCAUCGUGUUUUUGGCCACUGGACCCACCGAGAUUCGUCUUCAUCGCUCUGACAACAAGGACGGUCCUGUCAUCAUUCGCACCAAUGUCUUAGCGGCAAAAGUCCAAUCGAAAUGUUGGACAUCCCUACAAGUGGAACUGUUGAAUCGGCCCAAUGUGAUCGAACGGUUAGCAAGUUGUGCCCCUUCCGAAUCAAAAUUGGUCCAAUCGAAGGUCUUCAUUUCCACCGUGGUUCAUUCAAACAACCUUCAUAAUGAGUUCGAUUCCUUGUCCAAGGAGGAUUUCUGUCAAUCUAAUUUGUUCGCCUUGCGGUCCGAACUCAUCAAAAACCAAGCCCAGCACUUGAAGAAAAGAUCCUCAAAACCAUUGAAAGAAAGAAUCAGAGAGAAAUAUCAGCAACUAUUGCGUUGCCGCAAUCCACUUGGAUAUUUCUCACUCGUUCCUUUCCAAAGUGUCCCAAGCCUUUGGCUCACCGCCUUAGCGACCUCCACUCUGUUGAAGCUGUUUCAAGAGGGUUUGGCAGUCGAUGGAAGAACUCUGAUUGUGACUCUCCAUUGGUUAACGGCCCAUCAAAACAUGGAUGGUUCCUUCAGCGAAUCAUACAUCUAUAACGGAUUUCAUGAUCACAAGCUGCCGCUAGAAUUCCAGAAAAUGGCUUUGACUGCUCAGGUUCUGACCACUUUAGCAGAUUUCUCAACCGAGAACUCUCAAUGGAACGUUACUUCCGUUUCUGAUGUAUCUGCCAUGUACCUGAAAUCCAGGUUGCGAAUUGUGGAAGCCUCUACCACUGGAAAUGAGUUCGAGUUGGCCUUGGUAGCCUGGGCCUUGACGAUAACGCAAAGUCCUGGAGCUGAGACAGCCUUUGAGAUUCUGGCUAAAAGAAAGAGCACUAACCCCAAUGGUUUAACGUUCUUUGGGCCGUCAGAGCAGCACUCGUCCUCCGUUCGAGCCACUGCCCUAGCGUUCUUGGUGUAUCUACACCGAGGUGAACUUCUUACGGAACCCAUAGCAUUGUGGCUCAAUUCCCAUCGUUUUUCGGCCGAUGAGUUCUCGCAAAUUUUGUCCAGCGAAGCCAUGAAAGCGUGGUCCGAUCGGCAUCCUCAUUCCCCGACCAGUUUGAUGUCGUUCAACCUAAAAGGCGACAAUGGGAAAGAACGGGCUGUACACGUGAGUCGUGGGUAUGCUCAAGACAUUCACUAUCCUGGAGGAGUUAAACAAUUAUGGCUGGAAGCUCAAGGGAGCGGUCGAGCGCUCAUUGUUUUGGAGACCGUGUAUGAGCCUCUAAUGGAAUAUAGCCCAUCAUCUUCAUCAUUAUCUACUUACUUGCCAAUCAAGACCGAUUUCGAACUUGCCAACACCUCGUCAAGCAUCACUAUCAAAGUUUGUUUGAGAUGGAACUGCCACGAUGACAAAAGUGUCUCUGGGCCAAUUGCCGUUCUAAUGUCGUUGCCAACCGGUUUUCACAUAGACAUCAGCAAUUGGCAGUUCUUAAAUGGCCGCACCGGCAUUCACGUGUUACCUCAAGUCCAUGAUCAGAUAUAUCUUCAACUUCUUAAGCUCACCAACGAAGAGGAAUGUUUUCCAGUCACGCUGAGAUCCAACUACAACUCCAAAGGGGUGAACAAGCAACUUGUCAUAGGCGUUCACGAUCAAUUUUCUCGAGAAUUAUCAACUACUACAUAUCUACAACUGCCAAACUUAAGUCACUCAAACCACUUGCAAGGCUGUGAAGACUCGGUUUGUUUUAGCGCUUCCGGUGCGAUGUGUGCCAAAAUAUUCAUGGACCAUUAUAUCAUGUGGCCAAUUCACGCUGCUCUUGCCAUUAUGUUAAGGAACGCCGUUUAAAUCUAGUCCUUUGGCCUUAACCGAGCCCCUGUCCCCUUGUUUGCCUUGGCUGCAGAAUCACUUAUUUUCCUAUGGCUGUGCAAACUGGGGUCAUAUUUCUGUGAUGCUCAAGCCAAAAAACCGAAAACUGUCUAGUCCAAGAUUAAGCUUUAAUAAAAACAUGUUUUCAUUCAAGAGAUAUUUUUAUGCAUAUAUUUCCUGGCUUUAGGUCAUCGUAUACGACAUGGUACCGGAGGAUCGCAUUAUAGCAUCGUCAAUCAAGGUUCAGGUUGAGGCUUUGGUCUUUGUGGUGCGGCAUGUUACUUUCAGGGAUGAUGAAACGGUUUGCUCGGCCGUUCGUUCAUUGUUAGAGAAGGAAUGAAGGAAAUAGCAGUUUUUUUACUUUUAACCGUAGAAAAAGGCGACGGAAUCAGGGUUUCUUGUUUUUAUU